AUGGGGCCGCGGGCCCUUCCGCGGCUCCUGCUCGUUCUUCUAGACUGCUGGGCCUCCGUAAGCGCCCAGGCCGGGACAACCCUGGUGGUAACGACGGAGGGCCUCAACUCUACCAAACCAGUCCCGACGACUCUCCGACCUGUUUUAUCUUCUAAGCCCCCUGAGACCCCCAGGGCUUCCAGGCCCUUCUCCGGCCCCAGACCCGCCCCGGUCACGGACGUUGCUGCUCUGUGUGUCUGUGACUUGUCUCCAGCGCAGUGUGACGUCAACUGCUGUUGUGAUCCUGAUUGCAGCUCCGUGGAUUUUAGUGUCUUUUCUGCCUGCUCAAUUCCAGUUGUCACGGGUGAUAGUCACUUUUGUAGUCAAAAAGCAGCUGUCUAUUCAUUGAAUUUUACAGCAGACCCACCUCACAGAGUAUUUAAACUUGUCGACCAGAUCAACCCAUCUGUUUUCUGUGUUCAUAUUACAAACUAUAAACCUGCAUUAUACUUUAUUAAUCCAGAAGUGACUGAUGAAAGCAGUUUUGAUAAAUUGAUGAAAACACCUGAUGGUUUUUCACUAAAUCCAGAAUCAGAUGUUUCAACCAGACUGGAUGCUCCCCAAACUGCAAAAUAUGAGUAUGGGGUUCAUCUGCAGACUUCAGAUUCAUUUUUGAGAUUUCCUUCUCCCCUUACAUCAUCUCUGUGCACUGAUAAUAACCCUGCAGCAUUUCUGGUUAACCAAGCUGUUAAGUGCACCAGGAGGAUAAAUUUGGAACGAUGUGAAGAAAUGGAAACCCUGAGCAUGGCUUAUUACAGCAGCCCUAAAAUUUUGAUGGUCCCUGGUUCAGGAAUAGAGGUCCCUGUCACGGUUCAGUCCAUCGUCAUCCGGUCUCUAAAUAAAACACUAACUCGACUGGAAGACACAACAGCCAUACUGAGGGUAUCAAACCAGGGUGUUGUUGAGGCGGGGCAUAUUGAAAUCUGCACUAACGUCGUACUUGAGGUGACGUACAGCCUCACAUAUACAGAUGCAGGUGAGGUAAUAAAAGCUGAUCUCUUUCUUCUUCUGGGAGCAGUGAGCAGUGCAAUGGUUCCACUCCAGCAAAAGUUUGAAAUUUAUUUUAUUCAGCAAAACGCAAAGCCAGUUCCUCUCAGUGGAAACCCUGGUUAUGUGGUGGGGCUCCCAUUAGUUGCCGGAUUCCAGCCUCAGAAGGGGUCUGGGAUCAUUCAGACCACGAAUAGAUAUGGACAACUUACUCUUCUUCGUAGCACAACUGAGCAAGACUGCUUAGCAGUAGAGGGGAUCCGGGCCCCAGUAUUAUUUGGUUACAACAUGCAAUCUGGCUGUAAACUCAGACUGACCAAAGCUCUCACGUGUCGGCUGGUAGCGCAGAAGAUGAAGAGCCUGCUAAAGGGUCAGGGCUUCCCAGAUUAUGUGGCCUCUUUUGGAAAUUCCCAGGCCCAGGAUGUGCUGGACUGGGUGCCCGUCUAUUUCAUCACCCAGACGUCCCAUGUGAAGGAUUCCUGCCAGCUCCCAGUGGCUCUGACGGUAGAAGUGAGAUGGACUAAAUACGGAUCCUUAUUGAACCCACAGGCUAAAAUAGUCAAUGUAACUGCAAAUCUAAUUUCAUCUUCCUUUCCUGAGACCAACUCAGGAAAUGAAAGGACAAUUCUUAUUUCCACUGCGGUUACUUUUGUGGAUGUGUCUGCACCUGCAGAGGCAGGCUUCAGAGCUCCGCCAACCAUCAACGCCAGGCUGCCCUUUAAUUUCUUCUUCCCAUUUGUUUGAUGUCCUGCUGAAAUGAGUACAAAAAUAGCAAAUUGUUUAAAAUCAUAGUGCUCAUAUGAAAGGAUGUACUGAUCCCUCAAUAUACAUGUGAAAACUGUACAUUUGGUGAGAUUAAAUUUUAUAUACAGCUA